AUGGACGAAAGACAUAAUUCUAAUCUAAAAGCACUCCAAGCCGAAGUCGAAUUUCACAGACAAAAUCAAACACUAGUAGAUCAAGAAAUAAAAAAUUUAAUCGCCGAUAAUCAAAAGUUAUCCCAACAAGUGGGAGUGUUAUUGAAAGAGAAGCUGCAAUUUGCACAACAAUCUUUGGACAAUGAUCAGAGGGAAGAACUAGAGGAAUUAAAGAAACAAGUCAAUUUACUUACCAAGGAACGAGAUUCUUUACAUGUUCUUUGGCAGACAUCUCAGAAGACCAUCGAUGCUUUGGAUGUUGAACUGAAAGCGUAUCAAAACUAUGAUGACGGUCAUGGAAAACAGAAUUCAAACGACAAAAGAGAUUUGGAAUAUAAACUUGACACAGCGCUAUCAGAUUACGUAGAAUUGGAGACGAAAUACAAAAAAAUACACUCAGAACUAAAUCACGUAGAAAAGGAAUUAAAAGAUAAAGAAAAAGAUAUAAUACACUAUAAAGAAAAAUGUAAUGCACUAGAAAUAGAAGUGGAUAAUUUAAAGAAAUCUUUAGAUGAAUAUAAAAUAAGUUUAACAACUGAGAGAAAGAGUAGGGACGAUAUCAAAGAACAAUUACUUUUGAGUCAAAAAGAAUGUGUUGAUAAAAUCAAAAAAGAGGCAGAGGCUAAAACUAAGGUUGCAGAAGCCUUACAACUGUUUGAUGUAGUGACAACCCAAAAGAAUGAAGCAUAUAAAAAAAUCGCCGAAAUCACAGAAGAACUAAAUAGUCUUAAACAGACUAUAUGUCACAUAGAAAGAAAGGCAGAAGCAAAUUAUAGAAAGGAAUUAGAUGAAUUAAAACAAAAUUAUAAUGAAAAAGUGUCAGACAUGCUGCAACAUAUAAGGAAUUUGGACGCAGAGCUAGUUGAAAAGGGACUUUUGUUAAACAAAACAAUGAGGGAAAAUAAAGUGUUGCAAACUAGUAAUGAAAAUUAUAUGAAACAACAACAAAAUGAUAUGAGCUCAGUAGAUCCAAAACUCGCUCUGGCUGAACAGAGAUUGGAGGCAAUGUUUCAGGAACUGGUGUGUUCGGAGAGACGUAAUAUACAGGUUGUGUGUGAGAAACAAUGUCUCGUGUUAGAUAUACAGAGAAUACAGGAUGUUCACACUAGGGAGAGGAAACGAUGGGAAUGGGAGGAAAAUCUGAUGAAAACACAGAUAGAGGAACUUAAGCUCCAAGUAGAUCAUCUUCAAAAAUCAUUGAACGAAUCACAUGAAAUGAUAACGAAGCUGCAGUCUAUGUUAUCUUCGAGGACUGAGUUGAAUCAAAAAAUGGUUUCAACUAAAGAGGAAGAGCUAAUGGAAUUGAACAAACACCUGGAAAACCAAAUGGAACUCAAUAAGAAGUGGAAAGAAUCAUACAUAGAUAUGACGGAGAAAUUAAAACAGAGAUUGUGUUCACUACAACGGGAAAACAAAGAAUUGAAGUUACAAUUGAAUAUACCACAAAUUAGCUCUCCCAGUAUGAGUGACGGAAGUUGA